AUGGCGACACUCGACUCCUUGAAGCAGGCUCUUAGGCAGCAGACCCAAAAUACGGAUCCGUCUUUGAAAAUCCCACUCUCCGACUCACAAUACGCUAAUGCGUUUGAUACCUUGAGAUACUCAGAAUGGGAAACGUACGAGGACUUCAUCAUCCCUCAACUCUACAAGUUACUAGCUCCCAUCUGCAAAUCGCGUAACGGGAUAUCAGUGCUAGAGAUUGGACCAGGCCCAGAAAGCAUACUUGGCCACCUUCCUAGCAGCUUGAGAAAGCAAAUAAGCAAAUACACAGCGUACGAGCCGAUCGAGUUGUUCGCUACGGGCUUGGAAAAAUCUCUUUCCUCGACUGCCGAAAGACAAGCAUUCCUGCCUUGUCUUGAAGGGUCGGCUAUGAUUAAUCGGAGUCCAUUUGCUUUAAAGACAAACACAACAACAGGUGAUGCUAGCGACGAGGAUGAGAAAUUCGAUAUCAUUCUCUUCUGCCACAGCAUGUAUGGCAUGAGUCCCAAACAAAAGUUUAUCAAACGUGCGAUUGAGCUGCUCGUCAAGCGGCCGUUGGAUGCCCUGGUAAUUGUUUUCCAUCGUGGCGGAAUCCUACCUCUCAAUGGCUUAGUUUGCCAUCAAACAGCUUCUUUUCCAGAUGGAGCGUUGAGUGUCGCAGAUGACAACGAAUCGCUAUAUAGUUUUGCUGCUUUCAUCGCAGGGUACAUUAUAGACGACGUAGACGCAGAGAGUACUGUCAAGGUCGAAUGGCUUAAAGUGUGCCGGAAACUAGGCCGUCGCGAACAAUCCCAGCCGAAUCGACUCUUCUUUAGCUCGCCUAACAUUAUGGCGGCUUUUACUCAGAUCUCGGCUGCCUUGCCAGAAUUGAUGCGGCAAGUUCCAUCAGCCACGGAGAAAAUGGCCGUCAAAAACAGGGAAGCCCGCCUCCAUCGCCCUGCGGCAAUCAUGCGACCAACUGAGGUUCGGCAUGUCCAGCAAUGCGUCCGUUGGGCUCUGAAGCAUGGAGUUGGCUUGACUGUUAUUGGUGGAGGUCACGGUGGUCAAUGUCUCUGGCCUAACGUUGUUGCGGUCGAUAUGAGCAACUUCAACGCAAUACACAUAUUGCCAGAAGAGCAGAGCGCACAAGACUUGAAUCGAAAUUCCGGCCCCUUGGUUGUCGUCGAGGCUGGUUGCAAGACAGGCGACAUCAUUGGUUCGACUAUGGGAGCGGGUGUAACUGUUCCACUGGGAUCUCGCCCAAGUGUUGGUGCAGGACUCUGGUUACAAGGCGGCAUCGGACAUCUUGCCAGAAUACACGGCCUCGCGUGCGACUCCAUUGUCGGUGCGGUCGUAGUCAGCGUCAGUUCUGGUCACAUUGUUUAUGCUGGUUGUGUACCGAGUCAAUACCGGCCAGCUGGUGCUGUUCUCGCCGAAAACGAAUCUGAUUUACUAUGGGCGAUAAAAGGUGCCGGGACCAACUUUGGCAUCGUCGUCAGCGUGACUUUCGAGUCUCACAAAGCCCUAAAAUUCUUGACUCGAAAUUGGAUCCUCCCACUGAAGAACAGCCGCGAAGCAGAGAUUAAACUCAAUGAGUUUGAUAGUGUUGUCGCGAAGAAGCUCACCCGCAAUAAUUCUGCAGACGCCUACCUGUACUGGGACGCCGGUAAACUACAUCUUGGCGUAACUGUUUAUGAAUCUUCAACGAAAGAAAUCUCUUAUACCACACACACGUCUGGAGACGUAAGCGCUGUUCUGGGUAUGGAACACGGAUACCAGAUCGUGGAUGCCGUCGGAUUAUUUGACACAGAGAUGUACAUGUCGAGAAUGCACGGAGGUCACAGCGGUGGAAAGACCUCUUCAUUCAAGCGGUGCGUAUUCUUAAAGAACAUUGGAGAAGCCAAUAUCGCGAAUCGCUUGAUAGCUGCCAUUGAAGCUCGCCCCGCAUCAUUUUGCUAUCUCCAUCUCCUUCACGGUGGUGGUGCAGUCACCGACAUUGCACCUGAAGCCACCGCCUUCGGAUGUCGAGACUGGGACUUUGCCUGCGUAAUAACCAGUGUCUGGCCGCGCGAUCAAGACGGCGGCGAGGUUGCUCAAGCUGCUGUUACAUGGGUCUAUAGUGUCGUUGAAGACUUGUCGUCGUUGAGCUGUGGAGUCUACGGCGCGGAUCUUGGCCCCGAUCCCAGAGAUGCCGCGCUUGCGGCUAGAGCUUUUGGACCCAAUUUACCGCGCUUAGCGAAACUCAAAAGAGACUUCGACCCGCAUAACGUUCUCGCUUACGCUUGCCCCUUGCCAAGAGCCACGACGAAGCAGAGACUCAUUAUUCUCAUCACGGGAGAGAGUUUCGCCGGGAAAGACUAUUGUGCUGAAAUCUGGCUGUCCGCGUUUAACAGAUGCUCUGGUGUCAAAGCAAAGGUAGUCAGUAUCAGCAGUGCGACAAAGCGAGAAUAUGCGGUAGCUACUGGUGCCAGUAUCACUCUCCUCCUCAACGACCGUACAUACAAGGAGCAACAUCGGGAGGCAUUGACAGCUUUCUUUAAUGAACAGUUAAAGCAACGACCUCAGAUGCUGAGCGAGCAAUUUCUCGAUGCAGUUCAAGCUGCCAGUGAUGUAGAUGUGCUCAUGAUCAGCGGAAUGAGAGAAGAUGCUCCAGUUGCACGAUAUUCGCAUUUGGUGCCAGAUAGUAGGUUGAUUGAGGUGUAUAUCGAGACAAGCCAACAGACGCGCCAGAUUCGUCGAGGUCAUUACGGUAUUGGCAACUAUACCUCUCAUAAUGAUGGUCCUCCAAAAAGGUUAAACUACCGUCCCACCUUCACCUUCCACAACAACAAACCCGGCACCAACCCCCCAAAGCAAUUCUUCGAAACCCACCUCCUCCCCAUCCUCCACACAGACCUGGAACGCCUCACCAAACAAGUCCGUCACAUCCCCAAUUUCCCCCACCCACCCAUCAACUUCGCCCACAUCCUCGGGAUCGCCCAACAACCAGGCGGACUGGCACUCUGCACCUCACUCCUCGAAUCCCACAUCAACUGCAAAUACGACGCCAUCGUAUGCUGCGAGGCCGGCGGCUUUAUCUAUGCUUCAGCAUUAGCAUCGCGGGUCAAUGUGCCGUUAGUGCUGAUUCGUGAGGCUGGGAAGCUUCCGCCGCCGGUUGUUUCUGUGGUAAAGCCGAGGUCGCAUAUUUCUUCUGUGGGAACUGGGGAGGGGGAGGAGAAGCGGAUUGAGAUGGAGAGGGGUUUGAUUCCUGGUGGUUCGUCGGUGUUGGUGGUUGAUGAUGUGCUUGCGACGGGGGUGACGCUUUGUGCGGUUUUGGAGUUGUUGGGUGAGGAUGGUGUGGGUGUUGAAGAUGUUAAUGCUAUGGUUGUUGCUGAGUUUCCUGUGCAUCAAGGGCGAGAACUGUUGCGAAAGCGCGGUUUUGGAAGAGUUGGUGUUCAGAGUCUUCUAGUUUUCGAGGAUGCUUAG